CCUGGUGUUUUGGCGUUUUUGUUUUGGCAGCACAAUGACCAGCAGGAAGAAAGAAUUAGCUUUGCAGAUGGUUGUUAAUAAUCAGGAACUUUGGGAAGAAAUGCUGGGUUCCAAAGGUUUGAUUGUGGUAGAUGUUUAUCAAGGCUGGUGUGGACCAUGCAAAGCAGUAGUAAACCUCUUCAGGAAAAUCAGGAAUGAAUUUGGUGACGACCUUCUUCAUUUUGCUGUGGCUGAAGUAGAUUCAGUUGAUGCCCUAGAGAAAUAUCGUGGAAAAUGUGAACCUACGUUUCUGUUUUAUGCUGGGGGAGAGUUGGUAGCAGUUGUAAGAGGAGCAAAUGCACCAUUGCUACAGAAAACAAUUCAGGAGCAGCUAGAGGCAGAAAAGAAGGUCUUGGAUCAUGGAGCAGAUAGAGUGGUGAUCCAGGAUGAAGUGAUUCCUAAAGAAGUAAGUACUGCCAUUGAAGGAGAGGAAGCAGAAGAUGGGGAAGAAGAUGAGGAGGAGGAGGAGGAGGAGGAGGAGGAGGAGGAGGAGGAGGAGGAGGAAGAAGCAGAUUAA